CUUAGAGAAUUCCCCAUUUAUGCCUCAGUAUCACCGUAUCACCAUACUUAUGCUUCUCUAUAUAUAACAGAGCCUACGAGUUUCCCUGCAGUGACUUCCAAAGAGAGAGAAACUCGAUCCUCUCCCUUGGCAUUCAUUUCUUCGUACGAGGAGGAGGAUGGGUGCCUCCGACAGGAACCAUUCACACCAAGGACCCGCCGUCGUCGAAGAGAUCCAAGGCCUCCUUAAGGUCUACGAAGACGGCCAUGUCGAGCGCCUCCCGGCGAUGCCCGAUGUCCCAUGUACAUGGACGCCUGAGCCGGACGUCGCAAGCCGUGACAUCUCCUUCAACCACCCGACCGGCCUCUGGGCUCGUUUCUAUGUGCCCGACCGCCGCGGCCAGUUGCCACUGCUCGUAUACUUCCAUGGCGGUGGGUUCUGCGUUGGCUCCGCCGCAUGGCGAUGCUACCAUGAGUUUCUGGCAAGGCUUUCUUCUCAGGCCAGCUGCCUCAUCAUGUCGGUAAGCUACCGGCUUGCCCCCGAGAACCGCCUCCCUGCAGCCUACGAGGACGGCCUCGCUGCUAUCAAAUGGGUGAGGCAGCACGCAACCUACUGCAUCGACGAGCUCAGUUGGUGGCAAACCAAAUGCAGCUUCUCUCAGAUGUUCCUCGGCGGCGACAGCGCCGGCGGAGCCAUUGCGCACGAUGCCGCGGCGCGAUUGGGGUUGGCCGGCGCGCCUGCAUGGCUCAAGGGGGUGAUUCUGAUCCAGCCAUUCUUCGGUGGAGAGGCACGGACCUCGUCGGAGAAGAACUCGACGACACAGCCGGUGAGGUCGACGUCGCUCAGCUUGGCUGCAUCAGAUUGCUACUGGAGGCUGGCGCUGCCCUUGGGAUCCAACAGGGACCACCCAUGGUGCAAUCCUCUGGCCACGCCAUCCUUCCCAAAGCUGGAGGAUCCGAGGCUUCCUCCGAUGCUGGUGUGCAUUUCGGAGAUGGAUAUACUGAGGGAUAGGAACCUGGAGUUUUGCAAGGCCAUGAAGAGGACAGGCAGGAGUGUGGAAUAUGAUGUCUAUGGUGGAGUAGGACAUGCCUUCCAAGUUCUUAGCAAGUCUCCAAUGUCACAGCUCCGGACCCAGGAGCUGAUAACCAGCAUCAAGGCCUUUAUAUACAGUCGACUAAACCAACUUUAGUUAGUGGCUUCCCAUGUUUGAAGGUAUCACAGCCAAAUAUUAUGGGUUGGAAAAACUUGCUUGUGUAGUAUAAUGCUAAUUAAUACUCUAAGCAGCGGUUUUCCUCUUGCCUAUUAUCUUGUAUAACCUAUGCUCUCUAGCAUGGCCAUGGACACUUUUUAAAAGGAACGAGACAUGAAAAUUAGUUUUUUAA